UUUUCAAUAUUCAGUAUUUACAUAUUUAAUAAAAUCCAAAAAUUAAGAGCUGUAAAUUUAACAAAACUCAAACAUGUACAACGCAUCCUGUCAGCAACGACAACAACAGCAGCAGCAAAAACAACGACAAGAACAACAUAUGCCGUCAUUUUGUAAAUAAUUAAAAGGAAAAGCUUAUUAAGCGCUUUUAACUGCAUAUAAUUAAAAAUCUAUGAAAAUGUUACUCUUUAACAAUGACCCCAAUCAAACGUAUUCCAUUUCAUUAUCAUCGGAUGAACUCGAAAGCAUGGAGUCAUUAUCAGCAUCUGCAACUGCAUCAUCAUCAUCAUCUUCAUCCUCCCUCUGGUUGCCAUCAUCAGCAUCGUCUGUAUCCUCCGACUCAGGGGUAUCAGCCAUGUGGAAUUUUGAUAAGUUGCCAUCGGCCAAGGCCUUGUUGAAUAGCGAAUGGUUGCAGCAGAAUAUGAGUCAAAUGCUGAACAUGUCCAGCGACAAUUUAACAAAUUUAUUCACCAGCAUCCAACAGGAGCCGGUGCCACAAUCACAACGAUCGCCCAUGCCACUGUUGGCCACAUUGACCGUCUGUUAUACGCUGAUAUUUAUUGCGGGCGUCCUUGGAAAUCUCAUAACAUGUAUUGUGAUAUCUCGUAAUAAGAUUAUGCAUACGGCAACGAAUUUUUAUCUCUUCAACUUGGCUGUAUCCGACUUGAUACUACUGUUGUCAGGUAUGCCUCAGGAUUUAUACAAUCUAUGGUAUCCUGACUCAUAUCCUUUUACCGAUGUCCUGUGCGUUAUGGAAGGUGUCUUGUCGGAGACAGCUGCCAAUGCAACUGUAUUGACUAUAACAGCCUUUACUGUUGAACGUUAUAUAGCCAUCUGCCAUCCAUUUCGCCAACAUACCAUGUCGAAAUUAUCACGUGCUGUUAAAUUUAUUUUGGCCAUUUGGUUAACGGCUUUUGUUUUAGCUCUGCCCCAGGCGAUGCAAUUCACUGUGGUGCCACAGCAUGGUGGUACAGCAUGUACGAUAAAUAAUGACUUCUUUGCACAUGUUUUUGCGGUAUCGGGUUUUAUAUUUUUUGGUGGACCUAUGACUGCAAUUUGUGUCCUUUAUGUGCUAAUAGGAGUCAAAUUAAAAAGGAGUCGCCUGUUGCAAGCCGUGCCCAGAAGAUGUUACGAUGUCAAUCGGGGUAUUAGUGCACAAACUCGAGUCAUAAGAAUGUUGAUUGCGGUUGCUGUGGCAUUUUUUCUUUGUUGGGCACCAUUUCAUGCUCAACGUUUGAUGGCGGUGUAUGGUUCUACAUCUGGCAUUGAUUCAGAAGUUUUCAAUACCAUCUAUUAUAUAUUGGACUAUACAUCGGGUGUAUUGUACUUUCUGUCGACCUGUAUAAAUCCGCUACUCUACAACAUCAUGAGCCAUAAAUUCCGUGAAGCCUUCAAGGUUACCCUGGCACGGCAUUUCUUAUCGGGAAAAUACCAGAGUCAAAAUCACAAUUAUAGUGCCCUUUUGAGGCAGAAUGGUUCGCUGCGCAUGCAUCAUACCACGGUGAAUAAUAAUGCUCUUGAGCACUAUAGCUCAUAUCGUGUUGUGCAAUUGCAAUGUCGUGACCCAAGCCAUCAUCUUUCUCUACAGGAUAGCAUAAGGACAACAACGACGACGACAACCGUGAACAGUGGCAAUGGCAGUGGAAUCGGAGUGGCGGGCGGAGCCGGAGGCGGAGCAAUUGGAGCAGGCGGCAGUGGUACUGGUAGCGGAAAUUCUACAAUUAUCGGUGGCCAUCAUCAUGGUCAUCAUCAGGGUUGCAGCAACAGUUGUAGAUCUUCACAGCAUCGAAAUCGCUGUGCAUCCAUGGGUUCCCAAUCGACACUACUUAACUCACAAAUAGGUCCCAAUACCCCAGCUCAACAUCGACUGCUACAGACGCAGAUUUCUCAAUUGUCCUCGGUGGGCGAUGCAAACUCCUUAAUGGAAUGUGAUAUGACUGGCGUAAGCACAGCUUCACAGUGCCAUCAUCCCUCAACCGCCUACAGGCUCAAGGAGAUGCGCAGACAGCGUUCCAGAGGCAAUGAUGACUGCCACUCUAUAGACUCAUCAGCCCCGUCCCAUAACUGGAGAGAUGACACUAAACGCUGUGUGUCUAUGCACGAAACAGAGCUGUACACAAAACCAAUGGCUCCCCACAUAAUGGCGGCCACGCUGGUGGCAACACAACCCAUACAACCUAUGCACUCGAUAGCUGAACUCAGUCUGGAGAGACCCACGAGGUCAAGACUUAAGUUAUCACGCAUCAUUACGAGACGCCAACAAGAUGCUUUUGCACUGCAAUCUAGUCCUAGAGUAGAGCUAAUGAGGCCGCAAUAUAAGGUGGACAAGACAUCUGUGAAAACCAUCAAUUCCCUGGCCGAUAAAUUCAAAUGGCGGACUAAACGAAAAUUACCCAAAAAACGAACACCACCCACACUAAAGAAUGGCGAAGAGUACGAUGGCUCUACAAGCUUGGGCCCCCCCUUACCCACGACGGCCCUAAUGAAAGUCGUUUACACUACGGCGGCGGGAGCAGAUCUUGAACCAGAAUUAACCCUCAACACAGAUGGUUCGCUGGGCUAUCGUACUCCACAUGCGUUAUGAUGACACAUCAAUGAAUUGUCACCACUGAAGAUUAAUGAAAACUUGAGCCAUGAAAUGGACAAAGAAGAAUACGAAUUGAAUCAAUUUAGAUAAGACUGCUAAGACAAACAAACAAAACAAAAUACAAAACAGUAAAUUAAUGUAUAAAAGCAUACAAGGAGAUUGUGAUGUUCAAAUGUCCAAAAUUCAAAAUGAGAUUCUAUUUUUUUUUUUUGGUUUAGUUUAUUUAUAUUUUAACUAGUU